UUCUGCGAAACGGAGCGCGCGAGGACGAAGCUCCAGUGGCUGCGAGUGUCGAUAUUCAGUGCUAUUCUUGGAAUUAAAUUCCCAGAACUUCGUCCCUUCAAUUUGUUAAACACGGGAGUUUUUCUGUCUGCGUUCAUAUCAGAAGGGAAUCUGUUUAUAUUUCUCGUGCUUCUCUUGGUCGUAUUAUUUCAUGAACAUUGCGUUAGUUUUAUUGGAGCUGUCGGGUUGACAGUAAACACCUCGAAUAUCUGUUUACAUUUGAUGAUGGCUUGAUUACAACGUUCCAGUGAAAAUAUGACUUUACUCACUCAUGGUGGACUUCAGUGUGUUGAUUCUGUAGGUUACCGACCCACAUCAAGAAUUCUUUUUCAUUAAUACUCCAUUGCAAAGGCUGCCUGCUGCCUUCUGCCUUCAGCUAUGGUCGCCAGGGAGAGGAACUUGCAGAGUGAUGCAGACAACAGACAGCAGACUGUGUCACACCACCAGUCCUGCAUGUGUCUUGCCUCCCACAUGUGGGACCCCAGCACAGACCUGCUGCACAUCAGCAACACCUUCCAGCAGCUUCAUACAUCAGGCUGGUACUGGGGCGCCAUUUCUGCAGCCGAGGCCAAGAUUGCUCUUCAGGAUGCAUAUGAGGGCGCCUUCCUAGUGCGCGACAGCAGUCACCCACACUACAUGCUGACACUGUCGGUGAAGACUUGUUUUGGCCCCACCAGUGUCCGCAUUGAGUAUAACUGUGGUCUCUUCCGGUUGGACUCCAGCUCCCCUUCCCUCUCCAGCCUGCUCUCCUUCCCCAGUGUUCCCAGUCUGGUCCAGCACUAUGUGAGUGCUGGCCAAAGACAGGGAGAGGGUGAACUGGAGGAAGAAGAGGCAAAGUCAUGGGAGUCUAUGACACCCAAAGGUAACGCUGUGCUCUUGAAACUUCGAUAUCCGCUGCACAAACCCCAGGCCUUUCCCUCUUUACAGCACCUUACUCGCCUUGUUAUCAACCGCCAUGCCCCCAGCCCUACCCAACUGCCUUUGCCUGGACCAUUGAUGCUUUUUCUGCAGGAGUACCCUUUCUACAUCUGAGGACAUCAAAGGCCUCCAAACAAAUUCCUUUCUUCAAUGGUCCUUCUGCAAAGCCUGGACAGAAUGAUCAUACCAAUUAAGCAGGACUAACUUACAGUAUACUACCAUACUUAUAUGCCACUUCUGGUGUAUCCAGAUUGAAUAAGGCCCAUGAGGAGGAAAACCCCAGCAAUUUAAAAUGAACAUAAAAAAUAAUGAUUGUUAAUUAAUUACAGUAACUUUAAAUAAUGUGACUGACUGUUAUUAACUGUUUGUUUUACAAAUAUCUGUUUUCAAGUAAAAUUGUACUUUUUAAUCCGUUUUGCUUAUUUUUGAAUUAGAAGGAUUUAUUGUAUUCAUGGAAAUUUAUUUUUGCAAUGUGUAUUAUGUUUUUGGUACAUCGACUGCCUCUUGCUAGCCGCUAAUGUUACAGGCUGUCCAAGUGAGGCCUACUUAAAUGGGCGUUACUGAAUUGGUGAAGUCACUGUCUCUGCAAGCUUCUUAUCAGGCUUAGAGUCAAAACUCUUUUUAUUAAUAGCUCAGCACAGGACGAGGUGUAGCCUACAUAUUAACAGCAAGGUACAGCAAAGUGCACUUUGUAUACACUAUACUUUAUGGUCAUGGUAUUUAAAAGACGCUUUUGUCUAGAGUGACAUACAAAUAACAACAAUACAAUAGUUACAUCA